GUCUAUGCUGGGACCAUUAUGGUCCCUCUGGGGUGGGUAUUUGGUGUAGUUGGUUUGAUAGUAGCUGCUGCAAUAUCAUUGUAUGCAAAUUCUCUUGUUGCCAAGCUCCAUGAAUUUGGGGGGAAGAGACAUAUCAGAUACAGAGAUCUUGCAGGAUAUAUAUAUGGCAAGAAAGCUUAUUCUCUCAUAUGGGGAUUGCAAUAUAUUAAUCUAUUCAUGAUUAACAUUGGAUACAUUAUUUUGGCUGGUGAGGCACUUAAGGCUGUUUAUGUUCUUUUUAGUGAUGACAAUGAAAUGAAGCUUCCGUACUUCAUCGCUAUUGCUGGGAUUGUAUGUGCUUUGUUUGCCAUUGCAACUCCUCAUUUGUCAGCCUUGCGAAUUUGGCUUGGUGUAUCAACAGUCCUCACCCUGAUAUAUAUCAUUGUAGCAAUCGUUCUCUCAAUUAAUGAUGGCCUGAAAGCACCACCAAGGGAUUACAGCAUCCAAGGAACACCAACGAGUAAAAUCUUUACAUCAAUAGGGGCAGCUGCUAAUCUGGUUUUUGCAUACAACACAGGAAUGCUUCCAGAGAUACAGGCAACAAUAAAGCAACCCGUUGUAAGUAACAUGAUGAAGGCACUGUACUUUCAGUUCACAUUUGGAAGUUUGUUAUUGUUUGCUGUUACUUGGAUUGGUUACUGGGCUUAUGGAAAUUCGACAUCAACAUAUCUGCUUAGCAGCGUUAGUGGUCCUGUUUGGGUGAAGACACUGGCCAAUAUUGCAGCGUUCUUCCAAUCAGUCAUUGCUUUGCAUCAACCAAUUUUUGCAAGUCCAAUGUAUGAGUUCUUGGAUACGAGGUAUGGGAUUAAAGGCAGUCCAUUGGCGAUCCGGAACUUGUCAUUUAGGUUAGGUGUAAGAGGUGGCUACCUGUUUGUUACCACACUGGUAUCAGCUCUUCUGCCCUUUUUAGGUGAUUUUGAAAGCUUGACCGGUGCUAUUAGUACAUUUCCUCUCACAUUUAUUCUAGCUAAUCACAUGUACCUGAUUGCAAAGAAGAAUAAAUUGAAUAAUUUGCAAAAGCUAUGGCAUUGGUCCAAUGUUUGCUUUUUCAGCUGUAUGUCUCUUGCAGCAGCAGUUGCAGCUUUGAGACUUAUCUCUGUAGAUUCCAAGACAUACCAUCUUUUUGCCGAUUUGUGAUGAUUUUGGAAGGGAGGUUUAAUUAAAUCUUCCCUUGGAAAUGUGUUCCAAAAUUGAUACAAUAUCUAGAUUUCUUCGUGUAUUUGGCUUUAGUUUGUAGCUUUAAGCAUAGAAUAAAGUAGUUUAUUUGCCAAUCAAUUGGCUUCCA